GGGUUUUACUAGGCAAUCUAGUAAAACAGAUGACAACACAAAUGUCCAACUCCAAAAGUGAAGGAGAUUCACCGCACGCUCUUCUUGAGAAAUGCAUGGCAGAGAUUGGAGUAACCUUUAAGAUAUGGGAAAAACGUGAAAACCAAUCUGGAACGGGAACCUUCGAUUAUACACCUCUCAUGGGGAGUGACCUUAAAUGCGUUAUAAGAAGGCUUCCAGAAAUGUUUGUCAACCUUAUGCCAAAUGCAACAGCUCAGAAACCGAAGGCAGUAUGGAACCAGCUUGGUUCCAUUUAUUUCGAUGCCUUGUCCAGUUCAACAAAUGAUCACGAAAAGCUUUUCAAAAUGGCUCAGAAAUUUUUAAAAUCCUUCCUCAAUCUUCAUAAAAGCUCUCUAGAAGGUUUCGCAAAUCGCAAUGUUACGCCUUAUAUGCACAUGCUGCUAUACCAUGUACCCAACCAAGUGAGACGCCUUGACGGAAGGUUUAAGUCCUUCACAGGACAGCAUAUUGAGAAAGCAAAUGACACCUAA